CCCAACGACGAUCCGGAUCCUGAUUCGGAUUUACCCGACAGCCCUAAUUCGGAUUUCCGGGGGGGUUACAUCAACGGUGACGCCGCCGUCAGCCAAGGCUACGCCCUCGAUUCCUUCUUCAUCACCGAUGGGAGAUCUAGGAGAAAAACAGCCAUUUUGGGUCAAAAUGGGAGAGUGGCGACCAAUCAGGCGGCGCCACGUCACGCGUGCGGGGAGUGCGGUAAAACCUACGCCACCUCUUCCAAUUUGAGUCGCCACAAACAAACCCACCGCAGCUUGGACAGUCAGAUGGCUAAGAAAUGCCCAACGUGUGGGAAGAUCUACGUCUCCAUGCCGGCUAUGGCCAUGCAUCUCCUCACCCAUGACCUCAAGCACAAGUGUCAGGUGUGUGGUAAAGCCUUCAGUCGUCCUUGGUUGUUACAAGGUCAUAUGAGGUCCCACACCGGGGAGAAACCUUUCGGUUGCGCUCACUGCGGCAAAGCUUUCGCCGACCGCUCCAAUCUCCGCGCUCACAUGCAGACCCACUCGGCUUUCAAACACUUCAAGUGUCAGAGAUGCAGCAAAACCUUCGCCCUCAAGUCUUAUCUCAACAAACAUCACGAGUCGGCGUGUUUGAAAGGAGGGGCAACGUCACCGGCGUCACCGGCGCCACCUUCCAAC